CAGGCAGGCAGGCAAGCGCCCCCCCCCUCCCCCCAUGCAGGGGUGCUGCUGCUGCUGCUGUCAUCCCCAGGACUACAGUUCCCGUCAGCCUCCGCGGCCGCUUCCCUGGGCGCUCCGCUCCCCCCAGCGCCCCUUCCUUGGGAAGGACCCAGGCAGCAGGGGUCCCUGGGCUGGCGAUCCCGCCCCCCCUCCCCCAGCCUUAGCAGGAGGAGGUGCUGCUGCAGGCCAGCGACAAUAUCUGGGUGGGGGCUCCCAGAGGGGCUGGCCAGGUCUGCAUUGCAGGGGAGGGGAGGGGGUCGGCUUAGGGAGCAGGUCAGGGGGGCCAGAAGGGCCAUUUCCCCUCUGCCAGCUCUUCCUGGAGGGGCCGCUGUCCCUGGCAGGGGAAGGCGGCUCAGUGGGAGGACAGCCAGUCUCAGGCUCUCCAGAAGCCCUCUGGCUGACGCUGCAGCUGCCUCCCCACAUCCGGGCCUCCCCAGAAGUGUCCGCCGCCCUGGCGAUCCACGGGGCCUUCCUGGAGUGCAACUUUGCCCGCUUCUUCCGCCUGGCCCGGGAGCUGCCUUACCUGCAGAGCUGUGCCCUGAAGCCACACCUGGCCUGCUCCCGCCGCCUGGCCCUGCUCACCUUCAGCCACGGAUUCAGUGCCAAGAACUGCCGCUACCCCUUGGCCCGCCUGGCCCGCCUGCUGGCCUUCGACAGCCCAGAGGAAGCUGCGGACGAGUGCCGGGCCCACGGCCUGGCCCUGCUGGACGGCAGCCUCGUCUUCCAGAAGGGCUCUUUCCGGGACGCGGGCCCUCUGCGCCACAGGCCGGCCCGGCUCCUUGUCGAGGGGAAGUGGCGAGAGACGGACUCUCUGCUGGAGCUCUCGGAGACCCUUUGCAGCAGCUGACCGCCGUGGCGGUGGGUAUGCCCAGACGGGGCUUCCCCCGGGCCCUGCUCUGGCAGCCCUCCGGUCCCGGGGAGGAGGUCCCGGUCUUCCCCUCGCUGACUCUGCCCGUGCCGUGGGGCGAGGUGUGGCCCUUCCCUCCAGGCUGCGAGG